CAUAUAAAAUUAAGGCACGGGAGGCAUCGUCGACAACACGGCGGCAGUUAUCUGCCCGGCAACUUCGUGCCGGACACGGACGAGCCCGAGAGGGGUAACUGGGGACCAUGGUCGACACCGAGCUCCUGUUCGCGCUCCUGCGGCGGCGGGGUCGCUCAUCAGACCAGACAGUGUCUCGACAUAGAUGACAGCGGUCAUGACAGGUGCACCGGUGCCUCCAGAAGAUUCUUCUCGUGUAACAUUCAAGACUGUCCCGGCGAACCGACGGAUUUUCGAGCGGAGCAGUGCGCGGAGUUCAACAAUGUGCCCUUCGAGGGAACGUAUUAUGAUUGGAUUCCGUACACCGGAAGUCCCAAUAAAUGCGAACUGAAUUGCAUGCCGCGUGGCGAGCGAUUUUUCUACAGGCACAAAGUCGCCGUGGUCGACGGUACUCCAUGCGAAUCUGAAAAGAACGACGUUUGCGUCAAGGGCAAAUGUAUGCACGUCGGAUGCGAUAUGAUGCUGGGCAGCGAUGCCAAGGAAGACGCGUGCAGAGAAUGCGGCGGCGAUGGCUCAGAUUGCAAUACCGUUACCGGUUUAUUCGACACAGAUGAUCUCCAAGUGGGCUACAUCGAUAUUUUGCUCAUCCCGGAGGGUGCGACAAACAUCGUUAUAAGAGAAAUACAGCCAUCGAAUAAUUAUCUCGCCAUACGCAACACAACGGGACACUACUAUCUAAACGGGAACUGGAGGAUAGACUUUCCUCGCAGCUUGCGCUUCUCGGGCACGAUAUUCCAUUACGCCAGAGAUCCUCAAGGAUUUGCCGCACCCGACACCAUCACGGCCUUGGGACCGACAAAUGAACCGAUUUACGUCGUGCUGCUGUAUCAAGAUCGUAAUGUAGGUGUGCAUUACGAAUACAGCAUACCGAAGAAAUUCUCGUCGCGCACGGAUCCGGACAGUUACACCUGGGUAACCGAUCAAUUCUCCAGUUGCAGCGUCAGUUGUGGCGGAGGCUACCAAUCAAGACGGGUGGCCUGCGUGCGAAGGCGCGACAAUCAACCGGUGGAUGAGAGCCUGUGCGAUCCGCAGUUGGAACCGCCCGACACGCAAGGCUGCAGCGAGGAACCCUGUCCGCCCAUGUGGGUGGAAGGUCCGUGGUCCUUGUGCACGAAACAUUGCGGCGAGGGGGGCGAGCAGACGCGAGAGAUCAAAUGCGAGCAGAUUGUCUCGGGUGGAAUAGCCUCCGUAGUGGAUGAUUCCCAAUGUCUGGGAAAGGUGUGCAAUAGGGACGUGGAUUGCCCGCAGUGGCACGAGGGACCCUGGAAACCUUGCGAUCACAUAUGCGGGCCCGGUAAGCAAACCAGAACAGUCACGUGCUACAAAAAGAUUGAUGGCAAGAUCCAAGUGCUGGAAGAUGAGGCGUGCGAAACGGAGGCGCCGGAACGUGAGAAAGCUUGCGAGUUAAGACCUUGCGCCGGUCUCGAUUGGGUCACCUCGGCAUGGAGCGGAUGCGAGGAGAAAUGCGAUCUCACCAAAGAGACUAGAACCGCUCAUUGCGCUACCCAGGACGGCGUGGUUUACUCAGAUGACUUGUGUGACGCGGACAAGAAGCCAGAACUAGAAAGAGAAUGCGAGAAAGCCAAGAACUGCGACUUCCAAUGGUUCAUCUCGCAAUGGAGCAAAUGCUCGGCAGAAUGUGGAUCCGGCGUACAGACGCGCAAAGUGUUCUGCGGCACUUUCAGCGACGAUACAGUGAAAAAAGUCCCGGACGAGAACUGUGAUCCCGAAGAGAAGUUUGAAGACACCAAGAAUUGUACUGCCAAGGAACCGUGCAAAGGCGAAUGGUUUACAGGACCUUGGAGCAAGUGCUCAAAGCCAUGUGGCGGCGGCGACAUGACCCGUAAAUUGAUUUGCAUGAAGGAUAACAAAAUGGUGUCUCUGAGCCAGUGUGACGCCAGUAACAUCAUGUUCUCCACCGAAAAAUGCAACGAUCAACCUUGCGAGGAAGGCGUGACACCGACCGACGAAGAACCAGAUGAGAAAAUAACGGACUCGGAAGAAGAAGAAUGCGAGGAAGAGGAGGAGGAGGAGGAGAAGGGUGCUGUUGAAUACGGUCUCCCCGAGGGGAAGGCAAUGAAGGGCAAGCUGAUCGAGCAAACGGAACCGACACCUCUGAGCUCGCCGUUUAUCGGAAGUGACAUUUACGAUACCAUGUUUAGCGAUUCGACGAGAGGCGAUAUAUCGCCUUCCGAUUUGGGUAGCGGCGAAGGUAGCGGCGACGACAAUGAUUUCACCAUGUUCGAUACCAGUUUGUUCACCGGCAGCACGGUCCUCGAUACUGAUUCCACUGCAGUCGAGGAGAGCGAAAGUCCGGUGAACGAAACCACGAUGGAAGCCGGAACCGGUACGACGGAAUUCGGGACAGAGGUGACCGAAUCGUCGGACAUCACCGAAGAUACCGACGUGACGUUCGAAGGUUCCGGCACUACUAUCGAGGAAGGAUCCGGCACAAGCCCCGAGGAAGGAUCCGGAGCGAGCGCGUCUACAAAUGCGUUCACGGAGGAAACUACGGUGGAAGAAACUCAGGCAUCGACGUCGGCUGUGACCGCGGAAUCCGACAUCUCCAGCGAAACCGCAAAAUCUACCACCAGUUCGGAAAGUUCGGAAAGUUCGGAAAGUUCAGAAAGUUCGGAGAAACCGACAAUGACCGAAUCCAGCGACAUGACGACUGGAUCCAGCGAUGUCACGACCGAAUCGGCUGAUACCGAUCUUACCACCGGUUCAACGGAAACCACAGAUCCAUCCAUUACCGAAUCAACAGAAUCUACCGAAACGAAGACAACUGACACCACCGAUACGGUGACGACCGACACGACGGAGACGCAAACUACUGAUACGACAGAAUCUACAGACACGACUCAAUCCACGGAAUCUCCACCAACUACAUCCUCUUCGGAAACGGAAACCACAGUUACGGAAGAAACAGAAACAACCGAGAGGAGCGACGAGACCACUGAAUCCAGCAUUACAACCGAGACAGCGACUGAGACAUCAACAAUGGUCUCUGAGCUGACGACCGAAUUAAAAGUGCAAGGCGAGUAUGAUUUCAAUUCGGAGGAACAGAGUACCGACGUCGUAACGACAGUAUCGGGUGCUACCGAAGAAACCGAUCUUACUACAACGAUUAGCACGGAAGAAAGUACCGUUUCCGAGACAAGCUCGACUGAUGAGACUGCAACUUCCGGCAGCGAAACAACCGAAACAACCGAAUCGGAACAAACCACGGAAUCAGGCGAGACAACUGAGUUGAGCGUCAGCACAACGGAAUUAACUGAGACAACGAAAUUGACUGAGACAACGGAAUUAACUGAGACAACGGAAUCCGGAUCGACGAGCGAAUCCAGCGAAGUUACGAUCAGUACAUUAAGUGCGACCACCGAAUCAGGUGCGACUACGGAGUCCGAAAUUACGGAAACCACCGAGUCAGGUGCGACGACGGAAUCGGAGGGGACAACUGUAUCGAGCGAAACGACCGAAUCAUCGGCCACGACGUCGUCUCUCGAGGAGACAACGAUAUCUGGUGAAACCACCGCGACGGAAGUUACGUCCUCUACAAUCAGUGGAGAAACCGAUCUUACCGAAAAGACUCAUGUCACGGAGAUAUGGACAACCAGCUUCCCAGAAACGACCGCGCACAAGCGGCAAUGCAAACCGAGGAAGACCUGCAAAAAGACGCCCUUUGGAUGCUGCUACGACGGCAUCACCGCCGCUCGUGGACCGUUCGGUCAAGGUUGCCCGACACCUCAAACGUGCAACGAUACACGAUACGGUUGCUGCCCCGAUGGCGUGUCGCCGGCCACCGGUCCGAAGAACGCGGGUUGUCCCGAUUCUCAUUGUAACGAAUCGCUCUUCGGCUGCUGUCCGGACGGUGUUACCACGUCGCAAGGAAAUGAUUACGAAGGAUGCACGAAACCGUGUGCAGAAACCGAAUUCGGAUGUUGUCCGGAUAACGAGACCGCAGCUGAUGGAAAGAAUUAUCUGGGAUGUUGUAACUCUACUGAGUUCGGUUGCUGUCCGGACAAUAUCAAAGCCGCUUCUGGUCCUGAUAGCGAAGGUUGCGAGGAGGAAGCCACUUCCGAAACAUCCCAAACAGAAAUAUAUGAGACAACAACGCAACUUAUCACACCAGAAGAUUGUGCAAACACCACCUACGGUUGCUGUCCCGACGGCAUUACCAUUGCGAAUGGCACGAACUUUGCGGGAUGCGGUGUCAUUAAUACCGAAAAUUGCAGCGCGUCCUAUUUCGGAUGCUGCCCUGACGGAGUUUCCGCAGCUCUCGGUCCGGAUAAUCAUGGCUGUCGGAUGCCUUGCCACGAUAGCGCUUACGGAUGCUGCGAGGAUGGGGUAACACCGGCGCACGGACCAAACAACGAGGGAUGUUGCUUAUCGACCCCGUACAAAUGCUGUCCGGAUAACAUUCUGCCGGCGCGUGGACCAAACUUCUACGGCUGCGGCUGCCAGUACACGAGAUUCGGCUGUUGUCCGGAUAAUUCGACGGCGGCGCGCGGACCGAGCAACGAGGGCUGCGGCUGUCAAUACACGCCUCACGGUUGCUGUCCGAAUCGGUUCACCCCCGCCAGCGGACCCAAUUUCGAGGGAUGCCCGUGUUACACUUAUCAAUUUGGAUGCUGCUCCGACGGCAUUACCAUUGCCAAGGGUUCCCAUGGUCAAGGCUGCGGGUGCGAGAAUACGAAAUACAAAUGCUGCUCGGACGGCCAAACCCCGGCGACAGGACCGAACUUUGCCGGAUGUACUUGCGAAGCUUCGCAGUACGGAUGCUGUCCGGACGGAAUCGAGGAAGCUCAAGGAGAGAACUUUGAGGGUUGUCUUACGGUGCCUUCGAUGCCCGGUGCUGCGUGCAGUUUGAAGAAAGACAGGGGCUCCUGCCGAGACUUCACAGUCAAGUGGUUCUACGACACCGAUUACGGCGGUUGCUCGAGAUUCUGGUACGGAGGCUGCGAGGGUAACGAGAAUCGAUUCAAAACGCAGGAAGAGUGCAAAGAGGUUUGCGUUCAGCCGAAGGGAAAAGCUGCUUGCUUCUUACCGAAGAUCGCUGGUCCUUGCGAAGGAUAUCAUCCGACAUGGUAUUACGAUGCGGGCAGGAAGCAAUGCGGUCAAUUCAUUUACGGCGGUUGCCUUGGUAAUGCUAAUAAGUUCAAAACUAGGGAGGAAUGCGAAGAACUUUGCGUUACGCCGGACGAUGUUGAUGCUUGCGAUCAAUCAAAAGAAACAGGUCCUUGCGCAGGCAACUUUACAAAGUGGUACUUCAAUCAAGAAUCGCAGGCUUGCGAGCAAUUCAUAUACGGUGGUUGCAAAGCGAACGACAACAAUUUCCCGACGGAGAUCGCGUGUCAUCAGCAAUGCUUACAGCCAGGUCGAAGGAAAGAUAGUUGCACAUUGCCGCGGGCGGAGGGUACGUGCACGGAGAAGCAAUCUCGAUGGUACUUUGAUCAAUCGGAGAAUCGCUGCAUGCCAUUCUAUUACACCGGCUGUGGUGGCAAUAAAAAUAAUUUUGAAUCUAGGGACGUAUGCGAGUCUGAUUGUCCGCCCAAGAUCGAACAAGACAUCUGCCUUCUACCCGCUCUCCUGGGUGAGUGUCGCAAUUACACUCAACGAUGGUAUUACGACUCCUACGAGCAGCAUUGCCGACAAUACUAUUACGGUGGAUGUGGCGGGAAUGAGAAUAACUUCGUGAGCGAGCAGGAUUGCGUCAACAGGUGCGAGACGGCCGUUACCACGCCACCCCCGCCGGGGCAACCAAUCGAACAGUUUCGAACAGAAUUCUGUUUCUUGCGCGACGAACACGGUCCGUGCUCCGAGAAUCAGAUCAAAUGGUUCUACGAUAGUCGCGACGGCGUCUGCAAGCAAUUCCGGUACGGCGGCUGUCAGAGCAACGGCAACAACUUCAACACCCGCGAGGAAUGCGAGUAUCGCUGCGGAGAAGUUCAAGAUGCUUGUACGCUACCGAAAGUGAUCGGUCCCUGCAACGGCUUCGUGAAACAGUUCUACUACGACCAAGACAGCGAUUCGUGCUACGAGUUCGAAUACAGCGGCUGUCAAGGCAAUAAGAAUCGCUUCCUGGAUAUAGAAUCCUGCGAGAGGAAGUGCAGGCGACAGCCGGCAGUCGUUACGCCGCCGGAAGUUACUCAAACCACGGUGGUACCGCCGAUCGAAGAACCGAAGAGUCCGAUCUGCUUGGCACCGGUUGAUUCUGGCAAUUGUGACGACUCCAUCACCGCGUAUUAUUACGAUGCGCAACACCAAAUGUGUCAGGCGUUUAUCUACGGCGGCUGCGACGGUAACGCUAAUAAAUUCCAGACCGAAGAACAGUGCGAGCGACUCUGCGGAAAGUUCCACGGACAAGACAUGUGCAACCUUCCCGUGGAUUCUGGCCCGUGCAGAGGCGCUUUCCGCAAAUAUCACUACGAACCGAGCUUACGCGCCUGCCGUGAAUUCAAUUACGGCGGAUGCGACGGUAACGCGAAUAGAUUCAGCACUAUCUCUGAAUGCGAAUCUAUCUGUAUACAUCACGAGGAACCUAUGCCCCCUGGAAACGACACUAGCGUUUCGAAUUUGUCGAUCUGUAAAGAACCGGUCGAUAGCGGAUCUUGCACGUCUGGUUCCACCAAGCGAUUCUACUUCGACGAGGAACGCCAAACAUGUCUGGCGUUCAUUUAUACCGGAUGCGGUGGCAAUCGAAACAGAUUCAAGACUUUCGAAUCAUGCAUUAAUAGUUGUCUUAGGACAAGUAACGAAAUAGACGUGGACUCCAAGGACACGAAAGAUCGCUGCGCGGAGGCCAAGGAAGAAUGUAACAUUGUCCGCUGUCCGUACGGCAAGGAACAAUACGUGGAUUCGCAAGAUUGCGAACGCUGCCGUUGCGUCGAUCCUUGCAGGACAAAGAUCUGCCCUGAAGGUACUCGGUGUGCCAUUACCCUGGUCGCUACGCAAGACGGCACGGAGUACAAUGGCGUUUGUCAAUCGAUCGUUAAACCCGGUCGUUGUCCAAGAGUAUCCAAUAGCACACGGUGCGAGCAAGAAUGCGUUACGGACGCGGAUUGUCCCGGAGAGUGGAAAUGUUGUGACAGCGGCUGCGGUACAUCCUGCUUGGAACCUGCGCCGGAAGAGCCUUUGACAACGACGUCAGUACCCACUGUCACCCCACCGCAAUACGGGGGUGAACCCGCGAUGAUUCAACAACCCGAUGAACCUCGCGUCAGCGCACAGGAGGGCGGUUUCAUCACGUUAAAGUGCGUCGCACUAGGAACUCCCAAACCGAUCAUCACAUGGAGAAAGGAUACCACAUUGAUUGGACCUUCCGAGACGAGACGGCGUAUACUGCUCGAUGGAUCUCUUCAGAUCAUUAAUUUAUACACUUACGACAAAGGAACUUAUGUGUGUACCGCUGACAACGGCUUAGGACCACCGGUAAGAGCGGAGUAUCAAUUGGAAAUCACAGACCCGAGGGAACUCCCGGUCGCCAUCAUCGGAGAGCCCGACACUCGCAUAACGGUGACGAUGAACUCGCCGAUAGCUCUGCAUUGUUACGCAAUGGGAUGGCCGAGGCCAUUUGUCACUUGGUGGCGCGGUGACCGCAUGUUGCCCUUGUUUUCGGAUAAUUACGAGCAGGAUACCGACUAUACCCUUCUGAUACGCUCGGUAACCUUGACCAACCUCGGUAUUUACACCUGCCAAGCGUUCAAUGGCAUAGGUACACCAGCGUCGUGGUCGGCGACUCUGCAGGCAAUCGGGCCCGUCUACAACAUUAAACCUGAGCACGAGGAGUACACCAAGUAUCUCGUACAACCCCCGAAGAGACCCACUACCGAGAAACCGCAGUAUCCUUACAGACCCACUAGAACGCAACCCCCGGAAUAUCAGACUUACGCUCCCGUUCCCUCGAAACCACCUCGUAUUUCUCAUGUUAUCCCUCUUCAAACCACCGUUGAACCCGGUGGAGCCAAGUUCAAAGUGCCGGUCAAAGUUAAUGUAUCGGCAGGACAAUCACAAUUCCCCGAAGGCAGUGACAUAAGUAUCGCUUGUGCCGUGGACGGUUAUCCGAUCCCACGUGUACUCUGGUAUAAGAACGACGAGCUCAUUCAAACCGACAAUCGAAUCAAGAUUUCUGAACUUAAUCGGCUUAUCAUCAGCGAUGCAAAUCAAGAGGACUCCGGCCGAUAUCGAUGCGAAGCAGCCAAUGAAUACUCUUCGGAUUCCGGUAGCGUUGAUAUACGCGUAGCUGGCGUUUUCAUCCAUCCUCAUUGUCAGGACAACACGUUCUUCGCCAACUGCGAACUUAUCGUGGAGGCCAAGUUUUGCACGCACAAGUAUUACGCGAAAUUCUGCUGUCGAUCGUGCACAGAGGCCGGGCAGCUGCCGGCGAGAGGACCCCAUCUCGAUAACUCGAAGAGAAGAAGAAGGAGAUCCGUUCUGCGAAUGCUCGUCUAA